CGAAACACCUUUGAUUCUUUGACCUUUAAUGCCCUUUCAGCCUUUCAAAGUCGUUAGAGAACCUUGAUCUCGAAAAAAGUCGGCGAACCAGACAAUCGGACAGGGUUCCGAAGAGACACGCAAGCACUUCCAUAACAACCUCCUCGGGCCGUUGCCACGAACGAGCAUUUCCUCUCUUCCAAUCUCGCUCUUCGACCUGAAUCAAGCAUGGCCACGACAUUGAAAGCGUUUCAACAAGAAAUUUCCUCGAUUUCUGAUCAGAAAAAGGCGGAACACCUUCGAGACCUCAGACAGGCUCAACAGCAAGCCGUUCACGGUCAUGGGCAUGGCAAGUCUACCUCGUCGACAGGGACGAACAAGAUAAGCGGAGCUGCUGUCAAGCCGAAGACAGUCAAGGACAAGGAAAAGGAAAAGGUGGGAAAGGCGGAAGAGGUGAAGGCUAUACCUGGCGAUGUCAAGGAGAAGAAGGAUGGGGAAGAGGAAGACGCGGUCAUGGACGUUCCGGAUGUCUCGAUCGAGGACCUCUUGCACGAUACCUCCUCUCCGACUUCCACUGAUCCCGACCCGCUCCAAGCAAAGCUAGGCAGUCUCCUCGUGAUGCAACACGGCGAGCUCAUUCUUUCGCUCGGUCACCGACCGUCAGCAAACGCUCUGUUCGGCCCUGAAUCAGGAGCUGCGGGCAACGGACCUCCUCAUCCGUCCACCGAACCUGGGUCAGGGUCACCUACAAAGUCGAAAUCCUCGGCGGCCUUGAACGUAGACUCGGCGGGAUGGAUAGGCAGGCCGGUAGACAAAGAUUCGUUGGAAAGGAUGCUCAGCCGACUCCGAAGCAUAGCCGAAAAGUUUCAGGCGGUACUCACCCAGCUCUACAUACACCACGAGGACGACCCGCCCGUCCCUACCAUCAGCACCCCCUCCAAUUCCCCUACGACGACCAGUACCAACAUGUCCCGCCAGGCGAAGGGUCCUUAUGGAUCGUGGAUGAUCCGUAUCAAGCCUGCUCGGGCGGAAGAGAUCAUCGAGGUCAGGUGUGCGGUGGUGGGGAAUGUAGAUUCGGGCAAGAGUACUUUGACGGGUGUCCUGACCCGGGGUGGAUUGGACGAUGGGCGAGGAAAGACCCGAGUGGCGUUGUUCAGGCACAAGCACGAAUUGGAGACCGGUCGAACCAGCUCGGUCGGACUUGAAAUCCUCGGUUUCUCGCCUCAAUGCGAUCCUGUUGUCCCGACUGGACACGCAGCUGCCAACCUCGAUGCCUCGACGACCGGAUCGACGGUCGCGAAAAGGGAGAAGAUCGCCUGGGACGAAGUGUGUAGCAAGGCUGCCAAGGUGGUCAGCUUUAUCGAUCUGGCUGGACAUGAGCGGUACCUCAAGACGACGUUGUUCGGGUUGACAGGAUGUUCGCCCGAUUACGUCUGUCUCAUCAUAGGUGGGAAUGCGGGUCUGAUCGGGAUGAGCAAAGAACAUUUGGGGGUAUCAUUGGCGCUCCAAGUCCCGAUUAUCAUCUGUGUGACAAAGAUCGAUAUGACCCCAGCGCAUGUUUUGGAGCAGACGGUGAAGCAGCUCGUCAAGGUUUUGAAGAGUCCCGGUUGCAGAAAGAUACCAGUAUUUGUCGAGUCGAUGGAACAGGCGGUGAAUUGUGCAUCGUAUUUGCACUCUGAGCGGAUAACACCGAUCUUUAUGAUGUCCAACGUCACUGGAGCGGGUCUUCCCCAGCUCAAGACGCUUCUCAAUUGCCUGCCUACGAGUCAGGGAGGGUCCAAGUACCUCACAGACGCGCCACUCGAGUUCAGCAUCUCGGAUGUGUUUAGCGUGCCGUUCGCUGGAAGCGUGGCCUCCGGUAUUGUCGUUUCUGGAAAGGUCAAAGUCGGCGACAAUGUCCUUCUCGGGCCGGAUAGCCUGGGACAAUUCAUACCGACCAGCAUCAAGUCAAUACAGAAGAAACGAGUCGACGUCGAGACGGCGGAGGCGGGGCAGAGUGUUUCCUUUGCAUUAAAGAAGGUCAGGCGUUCCCAGCUUCGAAAGGGCAUGGUGAUACUGGCCAAGCAAGAGCCGCCGCCCAAAGCCAUCCGCCGGUUCGAAGCUCAGAUGCUCGUCCUCUACCACAACACGACAAUACAGCCUCGUUACCAGGCCAUGUGCCAUAUCAACUCGGUUCGACAGACCGUGAGGAUCGUCUCGAUAGACCAUCCGACCGGAGUCCUUCGAACGGGUGAUCGGGCCAAGGUGAUCUUCGAAUUCAUCCAGGCUCCCGAAUAUAUCAGUGCGGGGGCCAAGGUUUUGGUCAGGGAGGCUAGGUGUCGAUUGCUGGGUGUGGUGACUGAUGUGACUAGGUGAAUAGCGAGGCGGACGUCAGAUGUAAUUACAGCAGUGUCAAGCAAGUUUGUAUCAUAAGCCAAAAGCGCUCUAUAAAACUCGUUGUAACUUCACCGACAAAGCUUAGAUGAAUGGACCUAUAGCAUGCCAUAAGAUGUCGCUCAUAUGCUCGACAAAC